AUGCCUAUGAGCAAGAACAACACAGACGUGAAGAUGAGCAGGGUGGACAAGAACAAGAACAGUGCAGAUGCAAAGAAGAGCAGUGCAGAUGCCAGGCAGCAGCAGACGCCAGGCAGCAACAGACACCAGGUGUCACGGAGUGACAAUACAGGCCCUAAGGACUCAGCAGAUGCCAGGCAGCAGAGCAUACCUAUGAGCAAAAACAAUGCAGACUAG